AUGGCUGGAAUCAAAAAAAAGAAGAUUUCAUCCAAAUUGAUUCAGAAGAUUACCCGUAGAAAGAGAUGGUAUAAGGAAAGAUUGAACAGGUGGUUCACAAAAAGGGGGCAGGUGACAACCUUAGCAUGUCCUGUUGCAUUUUUCCCAGGUGAUACAAGAUCUUCAAUUUCGUCAUUUCAUGAUCUGUCAGAAGACCUAGUACACAAAUUUGAGUCAAUGUCAGAAUCAGUACAAUCCAGAAAUAUGUCUGACCAAUUGACUUAUUUAAAGGAAAAGGGUAAAGAACUUGAAGCGGAACUAGCCAAAAUCAAUAAAGAGAAUGAAGAGACAUUGAUGGGACAUUUCAUGCAUCAAAUAGAAAAUGAAGGUAAGUCUUUAGAUGAUUUUGAUAAUAGUGUGAAAAAUCGCCUGAUUGCUUUUGUUCUGGAAAAAAUUAAGAUGGUUAGAAAGUUCCGUAUGAGCUUUGAAAAUGUGCCAUUGCCUCAUAAUAAUCCUCCUCCUUCUCCACCACCAAUGGCUUGUGCUUUAGACAAUGAAAAUGAACCAGAUUCUGGGGUAACCAUAGAUGGAAAAGUUUUGAACCAACAACCACAAUUAGAUUUGAUCAAGGAAGUUGAUUAUACGAGUAGUGGUUUUGAUGACAAUGAGGAAAGCAACACAAGGAUACUGCCACAUGAAAAUGGUAUUGAUAGCCGUUCUGAUAUGUUAAUUUCUGAAGGAAAUUUUAAAGCUUUUGAUAACAAUAUGAGCAUAGGCUUGAAGAUGCCACCACUUGAAAAUUUCAAUGGUGGUGCUGAUAUGUGUCUUUCUAAAAGAAACUUUGGAGGUUUGGAUAACAAUACAGAUGUUACCAUGAACUCCAAGUUCACCUUCAUUAGUGAACUAAUUGGAUCUCAAGUCUAA